AUGAUUGUGGUGCAUUACAAAGGUGAGGAGAAACAGUUCGCUGCCGAGGAGAUCUCUGCCAUGGUGCUGGCAAAGAUGAAGGAGAUUGCAGAGGUCUACCUUGAGACGACGAUCAAGCAGGCUGUCAUCACCGUCCCGGUUUACUUCAACAACUCCCAACGCCAGGCCACCAUUGACGCCGGCACCAUUGCCGGCCUGGACGUCAUGCGCAUCAUCAACGAGCCCACAACUGCAGCUAUUUCAUAUGGUCUUGACAAGAUGCCAAGCAGAGAUGGAAGGAGGACGGUGCUCAUCUUUGAUCUCGGCGGCGGUACCUUGGACGUUUCCCUCCUCAACAUUGAUCCGGGCCUCGACAUCGACAUGGGUAUGUUCGAGGUGAAGGCCAUCGCUGGUGACACUCACCUUGGUGCGCGAAGACUUCGACAAUGA